UACGCAACAUAACCUUCUCAGCUGCGAAUAACCAACGACGGAUUUCCGCGUAGCACACAGACGUGUAUUUCUGUCAGCCACAAAACUUCUAGUGAUUGCUGCGAGGGUAUGAAGUACAAUUUAUAUUAUAUCAACUGUGUUGAAAGAUUGCCAGGUGCAAGUUAGCUUGAUUUUCUUUCAUUAUGGAAAAUCAAGGUUAUCAUCAUCAAACGUUUUCAACUCAUCAGUCUUUCUGGAAGAAGAAUACACGGGCUGUGCCAGGAAGGCCGAGUCUGAAGCAGGAUGUUAGACAUGGCAAAUUUAAUCCCACGGUGAUUGGAUCUAGCAAUUUGAUCGGUACUGCUAAUAGUAGCAGUAGCACAGGUGGAAGCGGAGGUUCUACUUCCUUUCAAGACUUUCAAGAGAGUGUGGAUGAUGCAUGGGACUCAGGAGAUGAUGAAUUUUGUACUGUUUCGGAUAUAAAGAUAUCGAAAAAAGUUAGUCACUCGGCGGCUCUCAGUGUUAUCAACAGUCAUCGAUUUGGCAAUAAGUGUUCAGGACUAUCACAAGCAAAUACCAAAGUGGUUCAACAAGAAAUUAUUCCCGAGGAGAAGAAAGUGGAGGCUCUGCAGAGAUUGGCAGUACAACCACUACACUUACGUAAUGCAAAUCUGCAUUCACAGAUAAAUAACAGUCAGCAUUCCGGCGAGGAUGUGGAUUUGAAACAUCCCAGUGUAUCACCCCAUCAUAAACCAACGCAAUUUCCUGGUAGACCGCAGCCAUUAAGACAGGCAAACGCCCCCAAUAAAUUUUUUAUACCCUCAAAAGAGCAAGACGGCGAAAGUAAAGUGGACAAGUUUCAACUACUCUUGGAAGCGUCUGUACUGAAUUUGGAUGAAUUAAGGCAGCUAUCGUGGUCAGGUGUGCCUGCUAAAUUGCGCUCCAUCACUUGGAGGUUGUUGUCUGAAUACUUGCCAGCUAAUCUAGAACGUAGGCAGCAUGCACUAGAACGUAAACGACUGGAUUAUUGGAACUUGGUGAAACAGUAUUACGAUGUAGAGCGAGACGAGGGCUUUCAGGACACAUAUCGCCAGAUUCACAUCGACAUCCCUAGAAUGUCACCGCUUAUAUCGCUAUUUCAGCAAACAACGGUGCAACUAAUAUUUGAAAGAAUAUUGUAUAUUUGGGCGAUCAGACAUCCUGCAUCUGGCUAUGUUCAGGGUAUGAAUGAUCUUGUGACACCUUUUUUCUUGGUCUUUCUACAAGAAGCGAUACCUGUGCAAGCCUGGCAGGAUCUAGAGAAUUACGAUGUAGCGUCAUUGUCGAAGGAACAGCGCGAUAUCAUUGAAGCGGACAGCUUUUGGUGCCUGUCGAAAUUUUUGGAUGGUAUACAAGACAAUUAUAUAUUUGCUCAAUUGGGAAUCCAGCACAAAGUGAAUCAAUUGAAGGAGCUGAUACAAAGAAUCGAUGCACCAUUGCAUCAACAUUUGCAUCAGCACGGAGUGGAUUAUCUGCAGUUCUCUUUUCGAUGGAUGAACAAUUUAUUAACUAGAGAGAUUCCACUUCAUUGUACUAUUCGAUUGUGGGACACCUAUUUGGCGGAGUCCGACAGAUUCGCCUCAUUUCAGCUUUACGUGUGCGCAGCCUUCCUUCUGCGUUGGAGGCGACACUUGCUCUUGCAACCUGAUUUUCAAGGGCUGAUGUUAAUGCUACAAAACCUGCCCACGCAAAACUGGACGGAUUCGGAGAUUGGCGUGCUGGUGGCCGAGGCAUACAAAUUGAAAUUUACAUUUGCUGACGCUCCCAAUCAUCUGCAAGCUCACGACACAACGACCAGGUGACCACUUUCAGAUAGCUUGGGUUAACGUUAUUGUAACAAAUGGUGGCCAAACAGAGAGACCGAGACAGCUCUCCUCUUCCGUCUCAACGUCGUUAUAUACACUGCGGCGUUCAGUCUAUCAUGGCCAUAUUGAAAGUUUCCGGAAUGUGUAAUCUCGUAUGUUUUUCGCUCCCGCGUCGGCUAUUAAGUUUCUUCGAUUACUUUGUACUUUAUAGAGUUUAUUCCUUUGUUACAUUGAAGGAUUUUCAUGAAGAAAGACGUUUAAAUAUACUCGCCAUGUUUCGCUCCGGAAUGAGAUGUAAAUGCUCCUUAAAACGCGGAGAAUGUAACGCGAAUCAAUUGCCAUUUCCCGGUUUGCAUUACAUUUUUAUAUAUAUAAUAAGUCUCAGACAAUUAUACACAAAUAAUAUAUAUAGACAAGAAAGUUUUAUAUAUCG